AUGGCGACUUCUUCCACGCAGGCCAACGCGGCCUCCCAGUCAACAGCGGACCGGCCGCCUGUGCGCAAGUUCAAGGCAUCGGAUCUGCCACUGCCAUCCGCCACACGAGGUGCUAUCGAAACUCUUGCACACAACUUCAAGAAGGAGGGCGCCUACGACCAGAUUCGCAAGCAGGUCUGGGACAAGUUUGCAGCAAGCGUACGUGCCACUGCUGCCCUUGGAUGCCAUGUGCUUGAUUCUGACGGAAGACAGGACUACGAGGCCCAGGUGACGAAGCAUAUCAUCGAAGUUGCCGAACACGAAAUGGAGCGGAACCCCCAACAGCUCCUGACGCUGGAUCGUCUCAAGGCCGCAGCCCUCAUCGACGGUGCCCUCGAGCGCUCCGGCGUCUACCAAAAAGCAGAGGACGUCAUCGCACAGCUGAUCGAUGUCGAUGCAAUCGAAGAACGCAUCCGCGAGAUUCGUCGGGCUGAGAUUGGCGGGGAAGCUGCUGAGGCCGAGAGGGUCCGCGGGGCGAAGCCGGACGAGGAAUACGCGGCCGAAACAGAAGCCCGUAGGGCUGAACGAGAGCGAAUUCGAGAAGAGCUGCGGCAGAAAGAGGCUGCCAUCGAGGAAGAAAAACGACGAAUCGCCGUGGAGGAACAACGCAAGGAGGAUAAGAAGCGACACGAGGCCGAGCUCAAGCGGCAGGCGGAACGAGACGAUCGUCGACGGAAACGCGAGCAGAACCGGGAAGCCCGCGAGAAGCAACGCGAAUUGGAGAGGGACGAGCGACACAAGGAGCGUGAGCGACGCAACAACGACCGAGGCCGUGAUCGAGACCUGGACCGUGACAGGUCACGCUCACGACGACGCAGAUCCCCCUCCAAAGACAGAGAGGUACGGCCUGCGGAGUUCAAGGAAAAGCUUUCAAAGGAAGAGAACGAGAGACUGGAGCAGGAAGCCCUUGCCGAUCUUCUGCGCGAAAGUAACAAGGACACUCGAGCGCAGCCGGAGAUCGAAGUGGACUCUGACCUUGCCCCGCCUCCACGACGAAUCGGUCCCACCUCGGCCAUCCAUCCCAUCCAGAGGGAUUCUGCCUUGCGUAGGGGUAGUGAACCCUCCGGCCAGCUCGAACGGAGGAAUUCAAAGGCGACGGCGGAUGCUAGGACUACCGGCUUGGCGGAGGAGAGGCGACGGACAAGAAGUCCUUCUCGACCGUACGAACGAAACCGCGAUAGGGCGAGAGAUGGGAGCCGGACCGAAGGUUCACACGACCAAGCCGUUCUCGGCGGAGAAGGGAUGACCGUCAUGACCGAAGCCGGUCACGGGACAGACGUGAGCGGCCCCGAAGAAGCCGGUCUAGACGACGAGAACGAAGUCGAUCUCCGGUCAGGUCGAACCGCAGGGACAGGAGUCGAUCUCGAGUUCGACGCGACAAGAGUCGAUCCAGAAAUAGGCGUGAGCGCAGCCGUGAUCGAGACCGUUCCCGCUCACGCCACCGCGCUGCAGACAGGCGUGACAGGAGCCGAUCGCGGCACCGAAGGGAACGUAGCCGAUCUCGGGAAAGGGUCGGAACCGACCACUACAAUCCCAGAGACGCUGCCCGCUCGCCAGCUCGCCGACGAAGCCGAGGCCGUGAUCGCGACAAGGAUAGAGACUUUGGCAGAGGGACAGACCGUGACAAGGAUAAGGGGGACGACAACAAAGACCGAGGCAGGCGAAGCCGCUCUCGAUCCCGACCCGACUAACAGCACUCAAGAUCGUGAUGAGCGCGACAGACGAAGAAGCCGAUCUCGCAGCCAUGACAAGGACCGUGCUCGUGACCGGGAUUGGGAGAGGAGGAACCGAGACAGGAGUCGGGAGCGAGAGCGAGAACGCAAGCGCCGUGACCACAGCCGUGACCGGGACCGAGACCACGACCGUGGCCGAGACCGCGACCGUGACCGCGAUCGAGAUCGGGACCGAGACCGCGAUCGAGAUCGGGACCGAGACCGCGACCGCGACCGUGACAGGGACAGGGACAAAGACCGGGACCGACCAAGUAGACGUGAUCGAAGCCUGUCGCCUCGUCGGGAGCGACGCCAUGGUAGUCGCAGCCGACGCAGCCGAAGCCGCUGA